AUGCCCCCCAAGACUGUCGAAGAACAGCUGGCGGAGCUUGAAAUGGAGGCGCAAGCACCAGCUCCCCCGCCCAAGAAGGCAGCCAAAGCGUCACGACAACGAUUCGAACAGGACACAGAUGCACUUAAGGAGCUGGAGGAGCUCGAGGCCCUGGAGAAGUUCCAGCGCCCAGAAGUACCUCGCCCAGCAAGCCGGCCAGACACACCUAAGCUGUCAUCGUCGACAGCCUCGAGCAACCGUCGCACAGCCGGCGUCGUGACCCCUUCCUCCACAGGCUCCGCCCGCACCAGUGAGGAUAGGCCCGCGGUGCCGAGGAAGUCAGGAGAGAGCACUCGAUCAUUCCACCAGAGUUUUGCGCCGACUGAAGAAGAGCCCGCGAGGCCAGCACCACAGCCAGCGGAAGCCAAACCAGCUGGAGGGUCGUGGUGGGGAGGCGGCUGGGGAGGCAUCAUCUCACAGGCCACUGAAGCUGCCAAUGCAGCAAAGAAGCAGGCGGAGGCAGCAUACCAGGAACUCCAGAAGAACGAAGAAGCACAGCGAUGGGCAGAGCAAGUGCGCGGCAACGUUGGCGCUCUGCGCAGCAUCGGCGGCGAGCUGGGCCAACGUGCCCUCCCGACCUUCUCCAACAUUCUCCACACCCUCGCACCGCCCAUAUCGCAACAUGAGCGCCUACAAAUCCACAUCACACACGAUCUCAUUGGCUACCCUUCCCUCGACCCCAUCAUCUACCAGACCUUCUCCUCGGUUAUGGCCCAAGUUGAGGGCGGCGACUUGAUGGUCAUACAGCGAGGCUCCGAAUCAACACAACGCAGCUCCGUAGAGGGAUACAGAGGCGGCGGUGGCGGCUGGAACGACGGCCCCUGGUGGCGCGACACCGAGAAGCGGGACCUGAGUGUUGUAAAUGGGCUUGCGGAAGGCACGAAACUAGUGCGAGUCAGCGCGGAGGCAUAUGCCAACGAGUUCUUUGCCGCAAGAGGCGGCGUUGAGCAAGCUGCACAGCAGGCAACCGAAGUGCUGAGCGAAUCAAACCCCGUACGGAGCAGCGACAUCUUCCUUGCGAUACAAGCUGUGAGCUUCUCCGCGCAAGCUGGUCUCUUCGCAACUUCCUCGUCAGAAGAGAAGAAAGAAGUUGAGGAGCAGAAGGAUGAGGACGGACAAGUUGCGUUUGCCAUCUACCUGUACGACCCUAUUCACGGUAUCAGCUUCAAGGCUGUCAGCCAGUCCUUCCCAGCCAAGUGGGCUGAGUGGCUGGAUGCGCCUGCGAACACUGAAGCAGCAGGUGAAGAGCCACAGCUGCCACAAGAAAUUCAACAGAUCAUCGAAACUGGUGGUGUAGACCCUCGCGAAUGGGUAUCGGAAUGGAUGGAGGAGACACUCAACCUGAGCGUAGGUAUAGUCGCCCAGCGAUACGUUGCGCGAAGAAUGGGUGUAGGCGAGGGAGGUCUAGGAAGAGGCAAAGCACGCGAAGCAGUUGUAGAAGCAGGCGGUGGUGAAGCUGCGCGAGCCGGUAUCAUCUGA